AUGUCUCCAGCUGCCCAAUAUACAGAAAGGCCGGCAAGCGGGUCCAAGUCCCAGUUCCAGUCAGGUGCGGGAAGUCCCCUCCCAGUUGGGAUUAUUCGAUUAUGUACUAAUAUCUUGUUGGAAUCACAAACAGGCCACAAGAUCCCUAUUCAACAUCUGACAAUGCCAGGCCUACAAGCCGAUAUGGAAGAUCCAAAGCCCGUCUCCUCCUAUAUUCCGACUGAGGAUGGCGGCUACCAGCUCUACAAGGCCGCGGGUAAACUUGAAGGAAAGAAAGCCAUUAUUACAGGCGGAGACUCGGGAAUUGGGCGGGCCACGGCAAUUUUUUUUGCAAUGGAAGGUGCAUCAAGCCUGAUAGUUUACCUGCCCGAGGAGGAAAAAGAUGCGCAGGAAACGAAGAAGAAAGUUGAAGAAGCCGGGCGUGAAUGUUACUGUCUGGCCAUUGACAUCCGCAAAAAAGAGAACUGUCAGAAAAUUGUUGACACGGCUCUUCAAACCAUGGGUGGCAUCGAUAUUUUGGUCAACAAUGCCGCCUUCCAAGACAUGCUGAGUGACAUCAGUGAACUGGAUGAGGAGCAGUGGGAACGGACUUUUGACACCAAUAUCCACUCUUUCUUCUAUCUGUCCAAAUACUCUCUUCUUCAUAUGAAGCGCGGAUCGACUAUCAUUAACUGCGCUUCUGUCAAUCCGUAUAUUGGCCGGGGUGAUCUGCUGGACUAUACGUCGACUAAGGGGGCGAUUGUCGCAUUCACGAGAGCUCUAUCGAAUCAACAAAUUAAGAAGGGCAUUCGAGUCAACUGCGUUUGCCCAGGGCCAAUCUGGACUCCACUGAUUCCAUCCACAAUGCAGACUGCUGCAAUGGAACAAUUCCAUGCUGUUCCAAUUGGCCGGCCAGGGCAGCCUAGUGAGGUCGGAACUUGCUUUGUUUUCCUUGCAAGCCAGGACAGUAGCUAUAUCUCUGGACAGUGCCUACAUCCCAAUGGCGGCAUGAUGGUGAAUGGGUAG